CAGCAGUAGUCUAAGAUUUUGUAAUGUAUUUUUGCUUUUCAUAACACUGAAGGUUAGCUUUUAAGAUUGGCGUAAGUUAGCGUUGUAAUAUCUGGCCGGAAAUGCGCUAACGUGGACGACUAGUAGUCUUGGGCCCCUUCAUCAAUCAACAAGAGUCGGAAAGGGUUUUUCGAUUUAGGGGUUUAGAUCUCUUCGAUCGGACGAAAUCAAUUUCUCCCUCGGAUUCCUUCCUUGAUUUCGGUCGGUCUCAUUCAAGGGCCUUGAUCAAAUGUUGCCCAAAUUAGGUCGAAUCCUUACUCAAACCUCAAAGCUUCGAUCAUUCACCCCAAAUGGAUCGAUGAAGAACCCCUCCUUUCUCUCGCGCUAUGGGUACGCCACUGCGACUGUAGCUCCGGCGGAUGAUGCUCCGCCGCAGAAUGAUUUCCCCAGAAAAUCUCCGAUAAACUUGGAUAAGAUGUUUUUGUCAAAGCCAUGUUCAUUGGCUCUGCCCAAAGACUCUCCUCUCAGAGUUGAUGACCCAAACUAUCAAGGGUUUCGUCGUUUUAUACUAAAGAUGCUUUUGUUCUAUAGCAAACAGAGCGUGUCUAUCCGUGGGGCAAAUGUUAUCUACAAGCGAAUCAUUUCACAAAUCGAGACGCCUGCAAUUUAUGAUGUGUUCAACUUGGAGAAAACAUUCAAAAUAACGUUUUCGUUGCUUGUUCUUCAUAUGUGGCUUGUGUUACGGCGCUUAAAAGAAGAGGGAAAGGAAGGUGUUGAUCUUGGUCAAUAUGUGUAUGAGAUCUACAAUCAUGAUGUGGAAGUCAGAGUUUCUAAGGCCGGGGUUAACUUGCUUCUGUUGACGUGGAUGAAGGAACUGGAGAGGAUAUUUUAUGGAAAUGUUGUUGCCUAUGAUGCAGCGUUACUUCCAGAAGCUAAACCAAAUGAUCUUCAAAUCAAGAUAUGGAGAUAUGUUCGGAGAGAAGUUGGCUCUCUUUCUUUAACAGAUAAAGAGUCCAUAUUCUCUGGCAAUUUCUCCUUCACCCCCUUGGAGAACAAAGCCACUGUGACGUGAAUGAGAUAGAGGAAACUGUGGCGCUUUUGCGAAUCAAUCUUUCAUUUGUUUUUGUCCUUGAAAAUUCUUAUAUCACCAAAGAUCCUGCACAAAGGGAAUAUGCUGGUUGUUUGCAUCCAGAUAAUCACGAAAACAUUGUGAAAGUUAAUAAGAUUACGGAAGAUUAGAAUUUGCUGUCACUGGCAGAUUAAUUGGCUUAAGAACUUUUUAAAGAAGGCAAUAGCAAUUACUUUCCUGCGUUCCAACACUUUAA